GCGCUCAGAGAGCGCCGCCUAAUCCCUUGUGAAGACACAAGCAGACAGAAGCGGGGAAAUGAAGAGGAGACUACAGAAGAAAUACUUGAUUUUAAUAUUAGGAUAUUCAGGAUUACUUCUCUUAAUCCCAUACGUGUUAGAUUACGGGAGUAAAUCGCCACACGUUAAACAUGGACAACAACAGCCCAGGUGUCCUGAUUUGGAGAAUACGAUGGCGUUAUGGACUAACGGGGAUAAAUUAAGCAACACCACCGAUACGGUAGAAGAUGUUGUCAUUAGAAACCAGUCAAGAAGACACAUUUACCUGCAUGCUACAUGGAGGACGGGGUCUUCUUUCUUGGGGGAACUGUUCAACCAACACCCUGAUGUGUUUUACUUGUAUGAACCUAUGUGGCAUAUUUGGCAAGCUCUUUACCCAGGGGACGCAGGCAGUCUUCAAGGAGCAGUGAGGGAUAUGAUGAACUCUCUUUUCCGUUGCGAUUUCUCCGUCCUAAAGUUGUACGCGGGAACCCAAAACAUUACCACAUCAUUCAUAUUUGGAUGGAAAAUGAAUAAGGUUAUAUGUUCUGAACCUAUGUGUAACGCACACAAGAGACAUGAAAUCGGACUGGUGCACGAGGAUCUUUGCGGAAAGUGCCAAAAACGAGACAUUAAAGAAUUAGAAAGGGAGUGCAAGAAGUACCCUGUUAUGGUCAUAAAAGGUGUGCGCAUUUUAGACCUCGGUGUACUCAUCCCAUUGAUGAAAGACCCAACACUAAAUCUUCAGAUCAUUCAGCUUUUCAGAGACCCACGAGCUGUGCACAACUCUCGUCUCAAAUCAAAACAGGCUUUGGUUAAGGAAAGCAUACAGGUGCUGAGAAGCAAGAAGCAGACGGACAAAUACAAACGUCUUCUCGUGCCUAACAACAGAGUGAACCGUGCAGAGAGUUAUGUAGCGAGCGCUAUGGAGUUGAUUUGCGAUAACUGGCUCAAUGAUAUGAUGUUGGUAAUGAAUGCACCCGCCUGGGUGAAACGAAAUUAUGUCCGAAUCCGCUACGAGGACUUGGUUCUGCAUCCUAUGGAAGAAAUGCAGCGCAUGUACCGUUUCUCAAAUCUAUCAACAUUUCCUGCAAUUGAGAAAUUUGUUUUGAACAUGACCCACGGACAGGGUUACUCUUCGGAUAAACCGUUUCUUAUAUCUUCAAGGGAUGCAAAAGAGGCGAUUUUCGCCUGGAGAGAACGAUUAAACGUCGAGCAAAUCAACCAAGUUGAGGCCUACUGUAGUGAAGUGAUGCGUCAGUUGGGUUAUCCGAAAAACAAUGUGGAUAAAACAUAACAAUAACAUGAAGAAGAUAAGUAUCAAGGUAUGGAGGUGCCUGCUGUUCAGGGGUUGAAAGGAAUGGGAGAAACUUAAGAUGGCUGGAGUUUUGAAACAAGUCCAAAAAAGACACGGAAUGAAGGGGACUUGUGGUCUUCUUCCCUCAGAGCAAACCCUGCAGAGCUGUGGUUUGGAAACAUUUCUGGGGGGGAAAAGGAGCCAAAUGAAGUCUGGCUUCUAGAAUCCACAAAGACAGGAGGACAUGUUGGUUAGGGCCACCACGCCAUAGUCCUGCCCCUGCUUCCGUCCCAUCAUCAGCUGCACUAAUCCCUCCUCAAUCCCCUUGCAGGACUGGGCCCUAGUCAGCCUCAUACUAGCCUCGUCUAGGAGGAGGCUGUCUCUGCUGACGACACAGCCCCGCCACACUUAGCCUCGCUUCUGACUCCUCCUCCCAACCAACCCCCCCCUGUCCAGAUAACAAGCGAAGUUCCUCAAGGCGUGUGGACUGGGUCGUUUUGAGCGUCGGUACUUAACUUUAGUUUGCUCGCCUUGUAGGGGGAGGUAAAGAAAGUAGCUAACCAUGCUAAUUCAGGAGUUUUGAUCAACUGUACUGGAGGGAGGGGAGGAGACGGGGCCUGGAAAGCUAUAAUUCCACACCCUACCCCCCUCUGGAAUUCACUCAGCUGCAGACUUCCACUGUUACUGACGACACACUCACUUGAGUGUGAAAUUCCCUAAUAUCCCAUGGAAAUGUCAGGAGGAACUGCCUUCUUUAUUUUGCCAAGACUUCAGGCCACGAGUGGACUGCCGCAAUUCAGUGAUGGUCACAUACCGCCUUCAACCGAUGUGUAACAAAUAAAAUGAACGAGGGGGGAGGGGGGGUAAGUUUAAGAUUGGUUGGUGAAUUUAGUGUACUAGUUCAGUUAUAGGCCUCAUUGUAUGAGCUUGAGACAUGUCAGUAUUUUCAUGUUUUGUUUGGAGUCAAUUCACGUUCUAGAAAAAAACAAACACCCCUAAGUUGUUAAUGAAGGAUAAGUUCAGAAAAAUUCUGAAAAAACUAUUUCAAUAAAUAUACUUUAUAUAGACAA